AUGAGUGCGUUUCGUUCUCGAUUGCAGCAACUGGAUGAGAUGUGGCGGGAGCUGCGUUGGAUCACUGAUGCCCUGCAGUGUGCCCGCUACAAGCAGCCCCGUGGCGGUGUGCCCAUCACCAGCCUGGUCAAUGCCAGCGAGCCUGAGUCAGACCAGGGGGCACAGAAGAGUGACUCAGCAUCCUCUACCAUGGACUACCUACCCACACCAUCACCAUCACCUGAGCUACGACGCAGGAAGGAUGUUAGUGGUGAGGAGAAUGCACACAGAGAAAGACGCACACACACAACGUCUUGGCUGUCCAUCGAAGACGAUGAUGACGAUGCUCGUCUUGUGGAUGGGGGUGUAGGGGUGUGUUAGCACUUCUGGAAGUACGUGAAGGAUGGCCUUCAUCUUAAGCUAAACACAUACCCCCACUCUAUAAUCAUAGUUUGUACUAUGUCUGUGUGCAACGUUAUUUUGUACAUGGUCUGUAGGUGUGUUUCUUACCCGUCUGUCUUUCUGUCUCCUCCCUCAGACUCCCAGCUGGGGUCAGAUGAGGACGGUUGUUCAGAGGUGUUCCUGCCGACAGACAGUGACUACGACUCCAGCGAGGCCUUGUCCCCACGCGAGCUGGACCUGCUCUACUCCCCCCCACAGGACCUAUCCCAGCAGGCCGUGCACGCCCUGGGAGGCAGCGCUCCCGACGUACUACAGAUACACGAGCUCAGGUACGAGUACAACAUCUAACCAAUGUUCCCUCAACAAAAAUGUUUUACACUGAGCAAAUUUCAGGUCUGCUGAGCGUAAACAUGAAUGUUGUGAAAGUUCUGUGCAUCUUCCGGCGCACGUUUACUGUGGUCCUCUGUAGCUCAGCUGGUAGAGCACGGCGCUUGUAACGCCAAGGUAGUGGGUUCGAUCCCCGGGACCACCCAUACACAAAAAAAAAUAAAAAAAAUGUAUGCACGCAUGACUGUAAGUCGCUUUGGAUAAAAGCGUCUGCUAAAUGGCAUCUAUAAAAAAUAAAAUACUGAGGCUGUACCCGCUUUAAGUUACAGUUUUAACAGUGGCCAAGUAGGCUACUGUGGCUAUUUGAUCAUAAUGUAGGCCUACCAGAGUAGAGUGGCCUACCAUCAAAAACAAUGGAGAAAAAUGCAUCCCAUAACAUUUUAAUAUGGAAAUACCUGUUCUAUCAUUCAGCCUACAGCAGCAGCCAAUGUGUGGUGUUCAAUGUAGGACUACAUUCCAUUAGACUUUCUUUUUUAAACAUGCAGGACUUGACAUUAACCUGUUUAUCCACUUGUCCUUCAGACAAGGUGGUGACUGAAAAUGUUGUUGUUUGAUGCAAGAAGUCAUUUUACAAAAUAAAAGCAAUUAUUAUUCCCAUACCAUUAUUACAGAGAAUCAGACAAAUUAUGCUACCCUCACCCUAUUGGCUACUUAGCUUAUUCAAGACCGUCUCAAAAUACAACACUGCCCCUUUAAGACAUAAAAAAAGUUAUUUACCUGACUUGCUUUUCAAAGAUGUCUACAAUGCACACAUUUUGUGCUCUUGUAGGAAGCAACCACUCCCCCAUUGUUGACUAGAAAUUAGCUAUAACUGAGCUAAUAGCUCACUAACUACCAAAGAAUAUGAACAAAUGUGCACACGUGGCUACAUGCAGUUCUCGCUUUGAUCUCAAAACAAGCGCAUCUACUCGUGACCACUCAUACUGUAGCCUAAACACAGCCCAGUUCAAAGUGAAUGGCACAGAUACAUAUUUGGCAAUGGCUAUUUGCAUAUAGGCCUACUGCAGCUCUGAUUGGUUAUGGCACACUGGCCUGAGUCGUGCCUGUCAAUGCAAUAGAAUCCUACUCCAAUGCAAUCUGCCUACAAGAAAAUCUCUUGCACAGUUAGUUUUGCAUACUCUUACGUAGUUCAUUUUGUUUGGGUAUGUUACAUUGAAAGUGGCUAAUAUUGCAUUGAUUCGAGCACAAUUCCCACAGUAGAGCGAAACGUUGAUAGUGUUAACUAAAGGGGAAAACUCUAGAAAGUUGAGUGAAAUUCAAUCUUGUGCUUCUCUGUGCGGGCUAAUAUUUCUUCUGGGAACAUUGUCUCUAACCUUGACCCUAACCUUGACCCUGACGUACUGCAAAUACACAAGCUCAGGUACGAGAACGACCUCUAACCUUGACCCUAACCUUGACCUUGACAUACUGCAGAUACACAAGCUCAGGUAGAGAUAGAGCUGCCACUCUUGUCCUGUCCAGUCCACUUGUGUCCCCAAAAACCUCUUCCUUUCACUCUCCCCCAGCCCCACCUUUCCCUACCACCUCAUUCUCCAAAGAUUUGUCCUCUCUCUCCUUUCCUCUACUAUCUCCUCUCCUCCUCUCCUCCUCUCCCCCUCUCAUCCUCUCCUCCUCUCCUGCUCUCCUCCUCUCCCCCUCUCCUCCUCUCCUCCUCUCCUGCUCUCCCCUUCUCUUUUUGACAAAGCCUUGAAUAGAACCUAACAAAUCCAAUUUUUUAUUUUCCAGGUACAGCAUCUGCCAGCCCAAAGACCUCGCUCUCUCCCCUCUCUCCCCCGGUCCAAUCCUCUCCCCUGCCCCACCCCUCUCCCCUGUGCCCAUCCUCCCCGAGACCACCCUAUCCUGCACCAAAACACUGGAGGGUCUCUCCCUUUCCAAGACGACCCAGGACAAGCACUCCUUCACUCCGUUGCGGCCCCUAGCCAACCCCCCAACCAAGCGGAAGCUGCUGUCCCGGAGCCAUGGGGCCACUGGGGCCCAGCAGGGUUACUUCAGCGGGCCCCAGCGGUGGCUCAGGGGCCACAGCGACAGCCACACAGGGUCCCUGUCUGAGGGGGUCUAUACCAGGCAGAGGGACCCAGACCUGCCCACCCUGCCCCUGGAUCUCCCAUCCCCACAAGCGGAGACAUAUGCUAUUCAUGCUUCCUGUGUCCUGGAAGGCCGGAGGGGGGGACAGAGGGAGCCCAGGCCCCAUAUCAGGACAAUCUUUGUGGAACCGUGUAAGGAAACGUCGCCUGAGAACAGGGGCUGUGGAGAGGGGGAGAGAGGGAUGGAGGGGAAGGGAGGGAUGGAGAGAGGGGCAGGGGUGACGGUGAUUGUGGCAGAGGAGGGGUCAGGAGAGCAGGGGUAUGAAGGAGCGACAGCCCAGGAUCUGGACUCAGAUGACCAAACGAACACACAGGUGUCAGAGAUCCUCAGCAGCAAGCUCUAG